AUGGAUCACUCUUUAUUUGGUUGUCUGCGCAGCCCUCACGCCCCAGCCCAGGGUCUGCACCCCGCCAUCACCCAAUCUCCACUGUGUCGAAGCUUCAACGUCUCCUACCUGGAUGUACCCAGCUGUUCUCCCCCCUGCAGUUACUCUGAAGGAGAGGACACUGGCCACCUGCCUCAGCAGCAGCAACCUCAGCCCCCGCUUGACUGGUUGGUCCCUCUGACCACGCUCUCACAUAACUCACGGCACAGUGUCUUCCUGCCAGAGCUUGAGGCCCCUGAACUGUGCUCUGGGGUCCCAAACCUGUGCAGUACCAACCCCAGUUUGGGCAGUGUUGCCCCUAUCGGAGGGUCCUUGGUGUCUGGGGAACAUGGCCGGCAGAAUCUCUCUUCAAAGGACAGAAGGAGCCAUAAAGGCAGGAAUGAUGGCUCAGAGCCCCAAGACGGGAGCUAUAAGUCAGACACGAGCAGCAAGCCCAGGAAGGAGCGCACAGCCUUCACCAAAGAGCAGAUCCAGGAACUGGAGUCCGAGUUCGCUCACCACAACUAUCUGACCAGACUGAGACGCUACGAAAUAUCCGUCAACCUCGACCUCACGGAACGACAAGUGAAGGUCUGGUUCCAGAACAGGAGGAUGAAGUGGAAGCGUGUGAAGGGAGGCCAGCAGGGGGCAGCAUUACGAGACAAAGACUUGAUUAAUGUAAAGAAAGGGACACUACUGUCUUCUGAGCUUUCAGAGACAGAAGGACAGAAGUGCUCACCGAGGCUCGAAACUGAGGAGGACAGCCAGGAGAGCGACCAGAGCUCAGACAACCUUCACCUAUGA